UUUUAGAUCUUAAUUGGCAUGUUCUACGAUUUGUAUGUGUAUUGCUUUAGUUUAACUUGUGGUUGCAAGACCUCAGUAUGGACAGAUAUAAAUAUUUAAUAUCAGUUAGUUUGUCAGUUCUCUUGUGCUGUGUUAGUUCUGAGCUUGAUUUACCUGAAGGGUCGCCAUGUGUCACUGAUGGAUACAACGGCACAUGUGUUAACAUAUACCGCUGCUAUACAGCGGGGUUCACCUUAAUAUAUGCCAAUGCUGGCUUCGACAUCAAGGACAAAUUUCCACCACUGCCAGAAUUCUGUUCUUAUAAGAACAACGAGCCUAUCGUUUGCUGCACGGAUUGCGACCGUAAUACCUCUUCGCUGAGAGAUACAGUAGUUAUACCAAGAGGGCUUUUGCGCACGAGAGGCGAAUCUAUUGCAACGAACAAAUGUUUUGAUUAUUUCCAAACUCUGCCGUACCGUUGCCGACAUUUCAACAAUGUACAGUUGAUGAAGUACUGGAAGGAGGACCAGCAAUGUCACAAGUAUUAUCAAAGCACGGUCCUUGCGGUGGGAGGGAGGGAAGCGGAGAGGUGGGAGUUCCCACAUAUGGCUUUAAUUGGUUACGGGGAUGACGUGGCAACAGCGCAGUGGCUGUGUGGAGGCUCUAUCAUUAGUGAAAGAUUUAUACUUACUGCAGCUCAUUGUACUUCUACAGGACCAUUAGGUAACAUAUCAUUUGCGGCACUUGGACUCUUAAGGCGAACGGAUCCCAAAGAGUACUGGAAAGUUUAUAAAAUCAAACGGAUCGUGAUUCAUCCGGAGUAUAAAGCACCUUCCAAGUACCACGAUAUAGCUCUUUUGGAGACAGAAAAUGAGAUCAACUUUGGAAAUGAUAUACUCCCCGCGUGUUUGAGAAUUGAUGAUGAAGACACGUCUACUGGUGAAGCCGCUGGAUGGGGUCGCCUGGGCUACAGACAGGCUCUGGCCGAUACUUUACAAGUUGUGCACCUCUCGGCGUUCAGCGAAGCUGAAUGUUCAUCACUGUACCCGCCACAUAGGCUGUUAGCUCGAGGCUAUGAUCACGAGACACAAAUGUGCUUCGGGUCUGAGCGAGGGGAAGUCAUUGAUACUUGCGAGGGAGACAGCGGUGGACCCCUUCAAUACAAUAAAGAUUUGGUUAGAUGCCUCUUCCACAUCAUUGGAGUGACCUCUUACGGCAAGGACUGCGGCAUCCCAGGGUCGGCUGGCAUGUACACCAGGGUCUCCUACUACGUACCCUGGAUUGAGAGCAUCGUCUGGCCUGAAGAAACUGAAGCGAAAAGAAAUAAGGAUAAUAUGUGGCUGGAUAAAUGGCUGAAUCCCAAAUAACAUUGUUAUUUAUACAAAACAAACCCUGAGUUACUGGAAUACCAAACCACUACAAAUGAAAAUAUUCUGCCCAAAAUUAUUUUCGAAAGUCACGGUCCGAACGCUGUAACUAAGUGACCUUACUCAAUACAUAUUAAAA